CUCCUGUUCGUGCUUGCUGUUCCUCCGACGAUGGAUUACAUUCCUUGUUCUUUCGAUGCCUUCAUCGACAAUUUCUUGGCGUGUUACCGACCCUGCUAUUCGGACUAUCUCCAGCAGUUGGUCACCAACGGGACCUGUGGUACCAACUACACCACCCUAGCCGCCAGCACCGACCGCUCCGAUCUGAAAUGCAUUUGCGAGAACGCGGAUGGGGUCUCUAAUAAUUGGACGUCGCAAGUCCUAGAAUGCACGCAUUCUUCGUGUAGUGGAACGUUCAACUACACCCGGUGGGCGGACAGUAUGUGGAGCUACGACAAUAUGUGUUAUUACGCUUCAGGUACCUACUUCCCAAACUUUCUACUCUCUCACUCUCCUUCUUUUCUCCUCUACCCCACGGCUUUUUUUCUUGGUAUAGGUGACAAGGUGACAAGCACCAGCUGA